GCGGGGGCGGGGCGUCGGCGGCGUCGGCGGCGGCGGGGCGGCUGAGGUGGCUGAGGUGGCCGCGGAGGCUGAGGCGGCGGGUGCGGCCGGGAUGGCGAAGAGCCGCGGGGAGAACGGGCCGCGCGUGCCCGCGGCCGGCGAGAGCCUGUCGGGAACCCGGGAGAGCCUGGCCCCGGGCCCCGACGCCGCCACUGCCGACGAGCUCAGCUCCCUGGGCUCCGACUCGGAGGCCAACGGCUUCGCCGAGCGCCGCAUCGACAAGUUCGGCUUCAUCGUGGGCUCGCAGGGCGCCGAAGGCUCGCUGGAGGAAGUCCCCCUGGAGGUGCUGCGUCAGAGGGAAUCUAAGUGGCUGGACAUGCUCAACAACUGGGACAAAUGGAUGGCCAAGAAACACAAAAAGAUCCGUUUGCGGUGCCAGAAGGGCAUUCCACCUUCCCUGCGGGGCCGUGCUUGGCAGUACCUGUCAGGAGGCAAAGUGAAGCUUCAGCAGAACCCUGGAAAGUUUGAUGAGCUGGACAUGUCACCAGGCGAUCCCAAGUGGCUGGACGUGAUUGAGCGUGACCUGCACCGGCAGUUUCCUUUCCACGAGAUGUUUGUGUCCCGGGGAGGUCACGGGCAGCAGGACCUGUUCCGUGUGCUGAAGGCCUACACGCUGUACCGGCCCGAGGAGGGCUACUGCCAGGCCCAGGCCCCCAUAGCUGCCGUCCUGCUCAUGCACAUGCCUGCGGAGCAAGCCUUCUGGUGCCUGGUGCAGAUCUGUGAGAAGUACCUGCCCGGCUACUACAGUGAGAAACUGGAGGCGAUCCAGCUGGACGGGGAGAUCCUCUUCUCGCUGCUGCAGAAGGUGUCGCCCGUGGCCCACAAGCACCUGAGCCGGCAGAAGAUCGACCCGCUGCUCUACAUGACGGAGUGGUUCAUGUGUGCCUUUGCCCGCACCCUGCCCUGGAGCUCUGUGCUGCGCGUCUGGGACAUGUUCUUCUGUGAAGGAGUCAAGAUCAUCUUCCGCGUGGGGCUGGUGCUGCUCAAGCACGCGCUCGGCUCUCCCGAGAAGCUCAAAGCCUGCCAGGGCCAGUACGAGACCAUCGAGCGGCUGCGGAGCCUCAGCCCAAAGAUCAUGCAGGAAGCCUUCCUGGUCCAGGAGGUGGUAGAGUUGCCAGUGACCGAGCGCCAGAUCGAGCGUGAGCACCUCAUCCAGCUGCGCCGCUGGCAGGAGACCCGGGGGGAGCUGCAGUGCCACUCGCCGCCCAGGCUGCACGGGGCCAAGGCCAUCCUGGAGGCAGAGCCAGGCCCCCGGCCCUCCCUGCAGCCUUCGCCGUCCAUCCGCCUGUCCCCUGAUGCCUCCCCGCCUGGCUCCAAAAGCAAGUCCAAGCAGCGCGAGCAGGUACUGAAGGAGCAGCGGACGCCGGCGAAAGCAAGUGAGGGGGCAGACAAGACCCUCACCCCAAGUCAGGUCAAAGUGGCAGCUGCUGCAGGAGAUGCACAUCCCCCACAGAACAUGUCCUCGGACCACCCUGUCUGCCGGGACCCAGCCUCUCAGGACCCAGUCCCCCAGGACUCAGCGCCCCAGGACCCAGCCCAUCACCGCUCCCAAGAAAGCCUGACCUCCCAGGAGAGUGAGGACACCUACUUGUAACCUCGGCAGGUCCGGCCUCUGCGCAGGGUCCCUCACACCAACACCAUUCAUGAACUGACACUCCAGCGCCUGCGGGACCAGAGGGUCUGGCUGGCCCAGCACAGAUGCUGCCUGAGACUCCUUAUUUAUUUUCUCCAGAGUGGAGCUCAGGCCGGGCCCAGUUAGGAAUGGCAGAAGUGCAGGCCAAUGGGUGGGGCCUCACUCAGCCCCGUCUUCUAGGGAGACGCUCCCUAGAGCCAGGGCACUAAUGUGAGGGGAGGGCGGGGAGAAGGG